UCUAGUCAAAUGCACAUCCAUUAAAGAACUCAAACAAAUCCAUGCUCACAUCAUCCGAAUCGAAUAUCUUAAAGAAAUCCUCACGGCUGGAAAGCUCAUCGCUUUCUGCGCCACCUCCCAAAGGGGUUAUCUUUGCCAUGCCCAGUUGGUUUUUGAUCAAAUAGCUGAACCCAACUGAUUCAUGUGGAAUAGCUUGAUAAGAGGCUAUUCUAAUAGCAGUAACCCCAGAGAAUCGAUCUUCCUCUAUUCUCGAAUGAUGGGGGCGGGCUUCACACCCAACAAAUUCACCUUCCCAUUUGUUCUCAAGGCUUGCUCCCUCGAAUCUGCUUUCAUGGAAGCGAUUGGAAUCCAUGUUCAUGUGGUCAAGCUCGGGUUCGGAUCGCAAGUUUUCGUGCAGAAUGCGCUCCUCCAUGUUUAUGCAGUUUGUGGGUUGAUUCAAUCUGCUCGCCAGUUGUUUGAUGAUCUCUCUGAGAGAAGUCUUGUUUCUUGGAAUUCAAUGAUUGGUGGCUAUUCUCAAGUGGGUUGCUGCAAGGAAGCUUUUUCUCUUUUUCGGGCCAUGAGGGAUUCAGGUAUGGAACUUGACAAUUUUACCUUGGUUAAUCUCCUUUCUAUUUGUUCAGAAACGGGUAAUUCCGAUAUGGGUAGAUUCCUACACUUGUACAUAGAGAUAAAUGAGGUGGAAACUGAUUUAUUUGUCAAGAAUGCUUUGGUGGAUAUGUAUGCCAAGUGUGGGGAUUUGGUCUCUGCUCAGACAUUGUUUGAUAGAAUGCCUGAGAAGAAUGUGGUUUCAUGGACUUCCAUGGUGGGGGCAUAUGCUCAACAUGGGUUCUUGGAUCUUGCACGUUGUGAAUUUGAUAAGAUGUCAGAGAAAAAUGUAGUUUCUUGGAAUGCAAUGAUUUCUUGUUAUCUUCAACAUGGACUAUUUCAAAAAGUGUUCGAUCUAUUUGCCGAGAUGGAAGCUUUGGCAGUUCAACCCAAUGAGGCUACAUUGGUGAGUGUUCUUACAGCUUGUAGCCAACUUGGUGAUUUGAUGACAGGAAAGAAAACCCACAUGUAUAUUCGCAAUAACAACAUACAACCUAGUGUCACAUUAUGUAACUCGCUUAUAGACAUGCAUGCGAAAUGUGGUCCUAUAGAUGUUGCCUUACAUCUCUUUAGACAGAUGUCUGAGAGGAAUGUGGUGUCAUGGAAUGUUAUGAUUGGAGACCUGGCAAUGCAUGGCCGCGCUCUCAAUGCUAUUGAUCUCUUCACCAGGAUGCAAAAUGAUGGUGUACCACCAGAUGGGAUUACCUUUGUCGGCGUGCUAUGUGCUUGUAGCCACGGCGGUUUCUUGGACACUGGUCGACAUUACUUCGAUACUAUGAGUCUUGUCUAUGGGGUUCCUCGAGAAAUCGAACACUAUGCUUGCAUGGUCGAUCUUGUAGGACGAGGGGGGUGUUUGCAGGAAGCAGUCGAGUUAGGAGACAUGCCAAUGAAGCCUGAUGUUGUUGUGUGGGGUGCCCUGCUUGGGGCCUUUAGGAUUCAUGGCAAUAUGGAGAUUGGAAAGCAAGUACUAAAACAGCUGCUAGAGUUGGAGCCUCUUGAUGGUGGAGGGCUGUAUGUAUUAAUAUCAAACAUGUUUUGUGAGGCUAACCGAUGGGAUGAUGUGAAGAGGGUGAGGAAGCUGAUGAAGGACAAGGGGAUUAGAAAGGGGAGAGCUCUUAGCUUGAUUGAAAUUGAUGGCGAUGUUCAUGAAUUUGUAGUUGAAGACAAAAGGCAUGGAAUUUCAAGCUAGAUCUACUUGAUGCUAGAUCAACUAACAGAUCACAUGAGGUGCAUGGGGUAUUUGUUCAACACAUCUAGAGCAUUUUUUAAUGUAGAGGAAUGAGGACAACUUUACAUCCCAUUGUAAUAUCCUACCAUUCUUUUCUAUAUUUAAUACAAAUGAUGAUUAAGGCAAA